CAACACAUACUUUAUCUAUCAUUUGAGAAUGGAAUUGUAACUGUUUUUUUCUCCACCUCUCCCCAUCUUUCGCCUCUCUAUUCGCUGUCUGUUUAUUAACUAAUCCACCCCCAAUGAUUUUGUAUUUUUCGUAGGAACAUCAGUGUAAAAAUACAUCUUUAUUGUUGGAGUAUGGCGUUGUGCACGCGUCAUCGCUUGCAUCAUGUGCGCCUUAGAGACGUAUGCAGCCCAGUCAACCCGCUGAGUCAGCACUUUAUGCAGAACGGCACACUGGCGUUUGCAAGGCUACGAGUGUUCUCCGUGGUACACACUUGGACAUAUAAACAAUCGAGAGAUAGCAAGGUUUUGGCCCACCUGAACACCAGCCAGAGCCACUUCCUUUCGCAGCUACGAUACUUGAUUACAUUAUAACCGCAUGCGCGGACAGCUUAGGAAUGUUGAUUGUGCG